AUGUGGGCAACUGCAACUGGAAAAAGACCGGACUGUGGUUCAGUCCAGUUUGGUCCUAUGUAUAUUUUCAGUCCUGUAGACUGGACCUGCAAACACUAUCGAUGUGGGACCAACGACCGCAAUUAUCCCGACAUUGUUGUUCUGACUGCUGGGAGUGGUACAUGGACUGAAGAGCCAAAGAAUGGAGUGAGCUUGGACAGAGCUUGGAUCCCAAAUUUACAAUCAGCGCUUGAUCAAGCGACUCUCCUUCAAUCUAACAUCCCACCCUUACCAAGAAGCUUGCCUAGGAUCGUAUCCCAACUUGCUGAUCAAAUGUUGGAACCAGCUCAGAACAGUCGAACUCUUUCCGAGCUUCGCCAAGUUGGACAACAUGUGACGGGCACCUACACAUCUGCUGAAAUUUGUUUCUUUUGUUUGCCUGGUAAAUGUCGCUUCCAUGGCAUGUUCGUGAUUGAUAAGGGCAUCGAGUGUCCUGCUGCCCCGACCUCGCUUGCAAAUGGGGGCAUGGUGAUGUCGAUGGAUAUGGUUCUUGAUAUGCCAUACGGGAUCAAUGUGACGAUGGAUUUCGACGUCAAUUGUCGUACUGGCUCACUAUCAUUGAAACUAUGGAUCAAGUUUCUUCCUCUGCCAUCGAAUUGGACAGAACCUACAACACAUCUUCAUCGGAUGUGUGAUUGGUGGUGUUGGCAUUGGUGCGCUGAGGUUGCUCCAUGCUCACCCACUCUACAUCGCUGUAAUCUGCCUGACGUCUGUGGUUCACUUAUGGUGCUUGAGCAGCUCCUUUGGGUGGUGUUGGGUUUCUGGAUUGGGUCUUCAACACGGAAUGCACGUCCACUUCCCCAACCCCAUGUCAUGCCAGGAGCUGGAGUAAAUCCGUGUGGAUUUCUCUUUUCUCCUCAAGAUUUAUGUGUCAGAAGACACUCAUCAGAUAGUCAAGAACAGGUACCUGUGAUGGAGAGACAAAUUGCUAGUAUUGGAGACCUGCACAAGUGGCAUGAGCUUGACAAGGGUUCAAACGAAGAGCAUUACCUGAUGAGGACAACCAGGGGGUAUAAUAACCGCUUCCCCUGUUCGUUGUUCAAUGAUCCAUGGUGGUGGUUCAUUGAAUUUAUCAGCCAGAACCUGGAUCAUCUCCUCAUUGAUAAAUGCUGUUUCUGCGACGAUGGGGGUGGCCAGGCACCAGGCUUCUUAUGUUGCUUUGGGUUCAAUUACCUCACCCAAGGCUGGAAUGCUGGAGCAUGGCCAAAUGUGCCACAGGGCGCCAACGUCAGUGGAAUAGGUGUAGAGCAUAACAUUGACAGCUCCCAAUUUGUCAAGAUGAAAUUGUCUGCUUGGGAGAUGUAG